UCUCCCUCCUCCUCCCUCCCCUUCUACUUAAUUACUUCUCUCUCUCUCUCUCUCUCUCUCUCUCUCUCCUUUUGAGCUCUCGAGGAAUAUAUACGGCAAUGGCCGGAGGGGCGUUCGUGAACCCCGCGGGGGGAAAGGACUACCCCGGCAAGCUUACGCUCUUUGUCUUCCUCACCUGCGUCGUCGCCGCCACGGGAGGCCUCAUCUUCGGCUACGAUAUCGGCAUCUCAGGAGGGGUGACGUCGAUGGACUCGUUCCUGCAAAAGUUUUUCCCGUCGGUGUACGAUAAGGAGCAGAGGGACAAGAGCACGAACCAGUACUGCAAGUUCGACAGCCAGCUGCUGACCACGUUCACGUCGUCGCUGUACCUGGCGGCGCUCAUCGCCUCGUUCUUCGCGUCGGUGGUGACGCGGGUGUUCGGCCGCAAGUGGUCCAUGUUCGGCGGCGGCAUCACCUUCCUCAUCGGCGCCGCCCUCAACGGCGCCGCCCGCAACGUCCUCAUGCUCAUCCUCGGCCGCAUCCUCCUCGGCAUCGGCGUCGGCUUCGCCAAUCAGUCUGUUCCGGUGUACCUGUCGGAAAUGGCGCCGGCGCGGCUGCGGGGUAUGCUGAACAUCGGGUUCCAGCUGAUGAUCACGAUCGGCAUCCUGUGCGCGAACCUGAUCAACUACGGCACGGCGAAGAUCAAGGGCGGGUGGGGGUGGCGCGUGAGCCUGGCGCUGGCGGCGGUGCCGGCGGGCAUCAUCACCGUGGGGUCUCUCUUCCUGCCCGACACCCCCAACUCCCUCAUCGAGCGCGGCCACGACGACGAGGCCCGCCGCAUGCUGCGGCGCAUCCGCGGCACGGACGACGUCGACCGCGAGUACAACGACCUCGUGGCGGCCAGCGAGGAGUCGAAGGCCGUCAAGCACCCCUGGGCCAACAUCGUCAAGCGCAAGUACCGCCCGCAGCUCACCAUGGCCAUCCUCAUCCCCUUCUUCCAGCAGCUCACCGGCAUCAACGUCAUCAUGUUCUACGCCCCCGUCCUCUUCAAGACCAUCGGCUUCGGCGGCGACGCCUCCCUCAUGUCCGCCGUCAUCACCGGCCUCGUCAACGUCUUCGCCACCUUCGUCUCCAUUUUCACCGUCGACAAGCUCGGCCGCCGCAAGCUCUUCCUGCAGGGCGGCUCCCAGAUGCUCGCUUGCCAGGUCAUCGUGGGGACGCUGAUCGCGAUCAAGUUCGGGACGAGCGGGGAGGCGCAUCUGUCGAAGACGUACGCGGCAUUCGUGGUGUUCUUCAUCUGCUUGUACGUCGCGGGGUUCGCGUGGUCGUGGGGGCCCCUGGGGUGGCUGGUGCCGAGCGAGAUCUUCCCCCUGGAGAUCCGGUCGGCCGGGCAGAGCAUCAACGUGUCGGUGAACAUGCUCUUCACCUUCGUCAUCGCGCAGGCGUUCCUCGCCAUGCUCUGCCACAUGAAGUUCGGCCUCUUCUACUUCUUCGGGGGCUGGGUCGUCGUCAUGACCACCUUCGUCGCGCUCUUCCUCCCCGAAACCAAGAACGUGCCCAUCGAGGAGAUGAUCCUCGUCUGGAGGAGCCACUGGUUCUGGGGCAACUUCAUCGCCGACACCGACAUUCACGUCGGCAGCACCCUCGAGAUGGCCAACGGCGACAAGUCAAAGUCCGCGGCCUGAUUUGUUAAAUUUUACUAUUAUUAUUAUUAUUAUUAUACCCAAUUAAACAGUAAAAUUUGCUGCGACGUACGUUCCAGAGGGUAAAUACUUCAUCAAUAGGUUAAUGUUAUUGUUUUUCUUUUUCUUAAUUAAUUAGGUGCCGUUUAUAUACUAACGGCUGGUAUGGUUACUGAUCAAACUGUUGCUCCAAUGUUUAACAAUUGGAUUAUCUAUAUCUUCGAACUACCAAUUAAUGAUGUGUGGCCUUAAUCCUGUAAAGCUUUGGACCAUUAUUUGUCAUCUUUCAGUGAUGUGAAGGCAAUUUGGUGUUGUGUGGGGCU